CGCCACGCCACCACAACCAUGGCUCCUUCGUUGGAGGCUGCGGAGAUUACCGUCUUCUUCUUCCAGCAUUUGCAGGGGUGGGCAAUAUGGGACCCUUACCCUCGGCGUCUCCUUUUCUUCCUAACCGCGUUUCUGCUUUUGGUCCAGGCGCCAGCGGCCAUGGCAGAGGGAGACGGCCUCAUUUCAGUGGACUACGAAGUGUUCGGGAAAGUCCAAGGGGUGUUUUUCCGCAAAAACACACAGACUGAAGGAAAGAAGUUGGGUGUUGUUGGCUGGGUGCAGAAUACUGACUAUGGCACUGUGCAAGGCCAAAUCCAAGGUCCUACUGUCAAGGUGCGACAACUUCAAGAAUGGCUUCAGAAGACAGGUAGCCCCAAGUCCCGCAUUGACAGAGCUGAAUUCCGCAAUGAGAAGAAGAUUGCUCGUUUAGAGCAUAGUGACUUUUGUAUUAUCAAAUAAUAGUGCCCCAGGGGGGAAAGCACUAUAUUUAUAGUAAGAACAAUAAGCUUAUUGGGAAGAAAGUGCUCCCUCUAGUUUUUAUAUUAAUUGUUUAUGUGCAUAUUUAUUUACUUUUAACUAUAUAUGUAAAUAAUUUAUUUACAUUGUGAUUACAUUGGUUACACUGAAUGUUCUAAGAACUUGAUGUGUUAAGAGUUGUUAAUAAAGUGUAUGCUUAGGUUUGUU